AUGGUGAGUGAGAAUGAGGAGGAGGAUGCUCAGCAGGGAGGCCUUGAGAAGGUGGAUGCCCAAGGGACGAUGCCGGGCAAGUCCAAGGGGAGCGCUCCCCAGAGCGCUGAUGUGGGGAAGGCCAGCGAGGGCCCGCAGAAAGUAGAAGGACAGCCGAGGAAGCCCUCAGGCAAGAGGCAGGGCAAAUCCGCUCACCGUGGUUUCAAGAAGUUCCACCAGCGGAGCCUGCUGGGGCACAGCCGGUGCCAUGACUGCGGCAAGAGCCUGGGCUUCGGCUCGGGCUUCAACAAGCGCCCACGGCUGCGCAGCACUGAGAAGCCCUACAAGUGCAACGAGUGCGGCAAGUGCUUCCGGCUCAGCUCCACUCUCAUCACCCACCAGCGCCGCCACGCCAGCGAGAAGCCCUACAAGUGCGCCGACUGCGGCAAGAGCUUCAGCGUGGGCUCGGCCUUCAUCCAGCACCAGCGGGUCCACACUGGCGGCGUCAAGCCCUGCCAGUGCAACGUCUGUGGCAAAAGCUUCAGUGCCAGCACCAGCCUGGUCAAGCACCAGAAGCUGCACCUGGAAGAGAAGCCUUACAAGUGCGAUGAGUGUGGCAAGGGCUUUAACUGGAACUCGCACUUGGAGCGCCACCGGCGCAUCCACACCGGCGAGAAGCCCUACACCUGCCCCGAAUGUGGGAAGAGCUUCAGCUGGAGCUCCCACCUGGACCGCCACCGCCGCACCCACUUGGGCGGGGAGAAGCCCUACCAGUGCCCCGAAUGUGGCAAGGGCUUCAAUAAGAGUGCCACAUUGGCCAAGCACCGGCGUUCCCACACGGGCGACAAGCCCUACAAGUGCGAGGAGUGUGGCAAGAGCUUUGGGCUGAGCGCCUCCCUGCUGCAGCACCAGCGGAGCCACGCGGCUGGCAAGCCCUACCAGUGCGGCGACUGCGGCAAGAGCUUCGCCUGGAGUUCCCACCUGGACCGGCACCGGCGCAUCCACAUGGGCGAGAAGCCCUACCGCUGCGGGGACUGCGGCAAGAGCUUCUCGCAGAGCUCCCACCUGGAGCGGCACCAGCGGGUGCACCUGGGCUCAGAGCAGCCCUGCCAGUGCACUGACUGCGGGAAGAGCUUCCUGGCCAGCGCCAAGCGGCGCCGUGUGCUGAGCGGGGAGCGUCCCUGCAAGUGCACUGACUGCGGGAAGAGCUUCCUGUGGGGCUCCCGCGCCAGGCCUUCCCCCGUGGCGGAGAGGACCCACAAAUGCACGGAAUGCGGGAAGAGCUUCACCUACCGGGCAGAGAACGUCAAGCACCAGGGCACGCAGACGGGCGAGAAGCCCUACACCUGCCCUGAGUGCGGCAAGAGCUUUGGGCAGAACUCGGCCCUGGUGAAGCACCGGCGCAUGCACACCGGCGAGAAGCCCUACAAGUGCGGGGACUGCGGGAAGAGCUUCAGCGUCCGCUCCAACCUCAUCAAGCACCAGCGCACCCACCUGGGCGAGAAGCCCUACAAGUGCCCUGACUGCGGCAAGGGCUUCAUCCAGAAGUCGGACCUGACCAAGCACCGGCGCAUGCACACUGGGGAGAAGCCCUACAAGUGCAACGUCUGCGGGAAGUGCUUCAGUGUCAGCUCCAACCUCAUCAAGCACCAGCGCAUCCACCUGGGCGAGAAGCCCUACCAGUGCUCUGAGUGUGGCAAGAGCUUCAUCCAGCGCUCGGAACUCACCAUCCACCAGCGCGUGCACACCGGCGAGAAGCCCUACAAGUGCCCUGAGUGUGGGAAGUGCUUCAGCCGCAGCUCCCACCUUAACCGGCACCAGCGCACCCACACCGGCGACAAGCCCUCGCUGCUCUCCGCCACCAAGAACUCCGCUGCUGCUGCCGCCAGCAACCCCCUGCAGGCCUCCUCCGCCUUCUCCUCUGCCUCCUUCUCCUCCCCGCUGGGCACCUCCUCCGCCCCCCUCCCCGCUCUACCCUCUUUCCCUUCCUCCCCCUCACCCAUCUCCAUCCCUACCCUCUCCAACAACCCGCUGGAUCUGCCCUGGGCCCUGUCCUUUCCGUCCCGUGCCUUCCCCCACCCUUCCUUCCCCUCGCCUGCUCCGUCCGGGGCCCCGGCCUCAUCACUGAUAAACUAA